AUGCAUCAAGAACAAAUGAUGAUGAGGUGGGGUAAACACAAAGCUUCAUCUGAUACUCCUACUCCUAAACCCCAACCCUCCUUCAUCAGAAAUUUUCUCCCCAUUUCUUGGCUCUCCACCAAGUCCAAACACAGGAACAACAGUUCCAAACGUGAGUCUGCGAAAACAGAGAAGAAGGGGCGGCUGGAGUUGCCGUCUCUGAUCUCUUCACAAGGCAUUCACAUGAGGGAGGGCCGGUUUUACGGUGGUGAUGAUAACUCUUACUGGAGACUUUCCUUUGGAGAUGAACAAGCCAUGAUACCUACCAUUGGUCAAGAGUCUGUCCUGUACUCCUUCAAUGAGACUUUGAAGAUGUCUGGUAGUUCAGUAUCAAGAAAGUCCCAGGAAUUGGUCUAUCAUCCAGGACAAGCAAGAAUUAGGCAACCAAAGAUGAGUUUUUCACUCAAAAAUUAUGCCGUGAGAAGGAACAAACUAAGAGAGGGUGCAGAGCCGAAGAUAGCAAGAAGACAACCUGUUAAAGUUGCAAAUUUUGGAAAAAUAGGUCCAACAACUGUGCGGCAGAAGCAUACAGAACAAGAAUUUCUUGAAGAAGAGAUGUCUACAAAUGCAGCUGACAAAGUCAUAUUUGAAGUUCAACCAGAAAGAAUAAUUCACAGUGGACAAGAUUUCUUCCAGAUAAGAGCGUCGAAGUCCAAGGAGCAACAUGGUUUUACUUCCCCAAACUCCAAAUUGCGGGAGAUUCAAAAGGACUGCAUGUUGGAAACUGGAAAUUUAAAGGGAACUCGUGAACAAGGAGAAGAAAAACUGUGUUUGAAAUGUAAAGUAUUGGAAGACAUGAAAAUUACCAAAACUAGCGCAAAAAAUGAGUGGCAGAGGAAGUCGGUUUACAUCAACAGAAAUUGUCAAAGAAAAAGAAGGAAGCUGGCUGGAAGAAUCAAGUCCUACUCUCCAAAAACUGCUAUGAAGAUUGAGUGUAAAAUCAAGCCUCUGGAAGACAUGAAGAGAGUCAAGAUGAUAAAAAGGAACAAAAAUAAGAGAGGACCAGCAGACUCCACGAAAAAAAGAGCUGUAACAAUGAAGGAAAAAGCCCAAGGAGAAGUAAGAACAUUUGAUAGCUAUGCUAUGAUAAAGAAUUCACAUAACCCACAACAGGACUUCAGAGAAUCAAUGAUUGAGAUGAUCAUAGAAGAAGGGAUUGAGAGACCAGAAGAGCUUGAAGAACUCUUGGCUUGCUAUCUGACUUUAAACUAUGAUGAAUAUCAUGACUUGAUUGUCAAGGUCUUCAGGGAGGUAUGGUUAGAACUGGAUGAAGCGCAUCUGGCUUUAACAUCACAAAGUGACUGUUUAGAAGAAUAUGCAGCCAUGCCACUGAAAGAAGGUACCAAACUUCACGAUCAAUUAUAUUAUCAUUUGCAAGAAUUUCCUCAUACUGCUCAAGAAGCUUGA